AUUCUGCUGUUGGUAACAGUAUAAUAUUAGGUUGUCCAGAUUGUUCACUAAUUCACAUUUAUAUUUUUAGAUAUAAUAGAAGCAAAUACAUUUCUAUCAUAUUUUUAAGCAACUAAUUACAGUGACAUUCUGUCCUGUUGACCAACCUCAUAUAUUUCUUGGUUACAUGUUUAAAUGCUGUCCAUCUAUGCAGACAAAGCGAGUUGGCAGCUCGGUUGCUGCACAAUCAGCUGUUCGGCAAACUGCUCGGUUAGAACAUAAAAAAUCAACAACAAAAUUUAAUGACAAUAACAAUGUGCGUCGUUUGAAGUAUAGCACAAAAGUAAACACAACAAAUAAGCGCACAAUGGAUCCCAUAAUAUUCUUUACAGUACUUACGGUUUUAUAUGGCGUACUGUACUUUUUCGAUCGUUUUUUUAAGAGUUGCAUGCACUAUCCAUACGAUGCCUUUCUACGCAAUACAGGACUGAACGUCAACUUUAUGAGCCUUCACUGGCACUCAAAUGCCAGCACAUUCAAUCGUAUGCUUAUACGCUGGGGCUCCGCUGCCGGCAAUAGCUGCACGAGGAGUUUUCUAGUCAAAUGCUUUAAUGUAGGCGUCCUGCUAUCCUUUCUGCUGCUGCCCAUUGGCAUAAUACUGCUUAUCAUUACCAUAUUCAAUGGCAGUGAUGGUGGAACGGCAGCUGCUGCUGAAGCGACAGCAACAGCAGCAGGAGCAACAACAGUGGCCACAGCAACUGUGCAACUGGAAAUUUUAUUGCCUGGAGUUAAUCUUCCGCUGCAAGAGAUUGGCUAUUAUGUAGCCACCUUGGUGCUCUGCACACUGCUCCAUGAGAUCGGACAUGCACUUGCUGCCGUGCUAGAGGAUGUGCCGGUCACGGGCUUCGGCUUUAAGGUCUACUUCUGCCUGCCGUUGGCUUACACGGAGCUCUCGCAUGAUCAUUUGAAUAGCUUGCGCUGGUUUCGCAAGCUGCGUAUUCUUUGCGCCGGCAUUUGGAAUAAUUUUGUGUUCGCUUGCGUCUGCUAUUUGUUCAUCACGACGCUGGGCAUAAUCAUGUCACCCUUUUAUCAGUACAACGAACAUGUGAUUGUCACCGAGCUAACCGCAAAGUCGCCGCUGCGAGGCGAUCGCGGCCUACAGGUGCAGAAUGUGAUCACUCAGCUGAAUGCCUGCCCUAUCAGCAAUGAGGACAGCUGGCUAAGCUGUUUGCAGCAGGCGCAACAGCAGCGCCUGGGCUAUUGCAUCAGCUCCGAUUUCAUACGGCUAAACGAUGAGAGCAUCGACAUAGCUCAUCACAAUGCUGAGGGUCGAUUGCAGUGCUGUGACGAGCGCAAUCCCAAUGUCAGCUGCUUCGAGUACAUAGAGGAUGCCACUGUGGAUGCGCCCGCCGAGAUACCGCAGCAUGUUUGCCUGCCCAUGCGACGCACGCUGGAGGACUCGAGUGGCUAUUGCAGAGCGGGCACUUGUGCCCAGGGAUACUGUCUGCGCCCCAUGUUGCGCAAUACAACGAGCAUUUUGGUGUUUAAGAGGCAGAGUCUGGACCAACAGCCACUGCCGCCUGUGAUGUACGUGGGCCAGCCUCGUGACGUGCUGCGCUCGGUGCGCGUGUCGGCUUUUGUGCCCCGCUAUAAACACAUUAGUUCCGCUUGGCCCGAUGCCCUUUCACUGCUGCUCAGAUAUAAUGUGGUGUUUAGCAUUGGGCUAGCUUUAAUAAAUGCUAUUCCCUGCUUUGGUUUUGAUGGCGCCCACAUUACCAGCACAGUGAUACACAGCUUCCUGGUGGGACGUGUCGAGGAGCAUGCCAAACGGGAUCUUAUCUCGUUGAUCAUAACCAGCGUCGGCUCACUGCUUUUUGGACUGGCUUUGUUGAAGGUCGCCUGGCUGAGUCUUCUGCGCCCACUGCUGUGAAUCUCUUCGUUCCG